AUGUCAUGGCGAGAGCAGAGCCGUGGUGCUGAUGUGGAGAGAAGCGCAGGGUACCACUUAAUUGAGGGAGUGAGGAAGGGAGCAGCUCGCUUCUAACUGGACUGCAGAUUUGUAACAGCUGAGCUGGUAACAGACUACCCUGUGACUUUCCGGUCAGAGUCAGCUCUCACAUUCCAGACAACAUGACUCUCGCUGCCUACAAGGAGAAGAUGAAGGAGCUCCCCCUGGUGUCAUUGUUCUGCUCCUGUUUCCUGGCCGAUCCCCUGAAUAAGUCCUCCUAUAAAUAUGAAGGCUGGUGUGGGAGACAGUGUAGGAGGAAAGAUCAAAGCCAGCGGAAAGACAGUGCUGACUGGAGAGAAAGAAGAGAGCAGGCAGAUACGGUGGACCUGAACUGGUGUGUAAUUUCUGACAUGGAAGUUAUCGAACUGAACAAAUGCACCUCAGGUCAGUCCUUUGAAGUCAUCCUGAAGCCGCCCUCCUUUGACGGGGUGCCCGAGUUCAAUGCCUCCCUACCCAGGCGGAGAGACCCCUCGCUGGAGGAGAUACAGAAGAAACUAGAAGCAGCUGAAGAGCGAAGGAAGUAUCAGGAAGCUGAGCUCCUGAAGCACCUGGCAGAGAAGCGGGAACACGAGCGGGAGGUGAUCCAGAAAGCCAUCGAGGAAAACAACAAUUUUAUCAAGAUGGCUAAAGAAAAACUGGCCCAGAAGAUGGAAUCCAACAAGGAGAACCGAGAGGCCCACCUUGCCGCUAUGUUGGAACGGCUGCAAGAGAAGGAGCCGCCUGCUGCGCGGUGACUCCCUGGACCCGAUCGGUGGCCUCGUCCCAUGGACAAGCACGCAGAAGAGGUGCGGAAAAACAAGGAGCUGAAGGAAGAGGCCUCUAGGUAAAGCCCAGAGACCAAAGAAGUUUCCAGAACAGCCGGACAACGGCAGCAGCUCCGCAGUUCCCGAGGCAGCCUCACCCACCGCUGGCUGCUCUCGCAGCACUGGGGUUUGGGGGGAGGGGGGUGGCCAGGGGUGUUCCCUCUGCUUUUGGUGUUUGUACAUGUAAAGAAUUGACCAGUGAAGCCAUCCUAUUUGUUUCUGGGGAACAAUAAUGGGGUGGGAGAGGGGAGAGGAGAGAAGCGGGGAAAGGGAGACGGAGAAGGACUCAUGGACGUUGCAGCCCUGCCCACUGCAGACUCAGGUCAAGUCUUUGACUUUUCUGGACCGGGAGUGUCCAGGCACCGUGUCGAGAGAAGUUGAAAAUGGAGCAGAAGUCCGAGCGAAGACAGAGUCCUGGGUGGGGCGGUGGCUGCAGGGUGUGGCUGCAGGCGCCCAGCGAGGGGGUGGGGGGCCCAGAGGUGUUGCUUCAGCCCUGCAACCGGUGGGAUGAGGUCUGAGUGUGUG